UAUUGUGUUUGAAGUAUCGAUCUAUUAAGUGUGUGACCCCCAGGAGGGAGCGAUGCCCUUUGUUCAACUCCUUGCGUUGGUUCGAUAAAAUGGAAUAUUGACUGAUUAGAGAGAGAGAGACCGGUUCCGUAACCAUUUAUCCGCAUGUUGUUACAUCGUGUAGGCAGUGCGUACUCGUGGGCCACAUGAACAGUAUAUGCGUGUCCUUAAUUAGUUUUAACAUCUUCAAGUGCAAUUAUUGGAUCAAUUAGCAAGACCCAGCCAGCGUCAUCUGACCAAACACGUUCAUCAACGGCCGUUCCGUGAGAUAACGAUCGUCCAACACUAAAACAUGGCUACCAUUCCAACGGGUUCUAUCUUGGCAGCGCAGAGGUGUCGCCAGGUGCAGCAGCAUCAGAGGAUGGCGUCGCUGAGGUCCGAGCCAAUCCCCAUCGGAGGGUCACCCAUCACGUCUCCAGACUGCACCCCUCCAGCCAGCCCUAGAAAACAAGAGUCUCAUCUGAGUGCAAUGAACUCACUGGCCAAGCUCUCCCAGCUGCUCCACCCUCGCUCCAUGUCCCAGGAGGGUGAGAUAGGGGGCACCCCUGGCAGCCCGAGCUUGGGAUCAUCCCGCUCCAAGUUCUCCCAGUUCUUUCACUACCGCUCCAUAUCUAACGAGAGUGAUGUCACAUCCCCUCCCGCCAGCCCUGGCCUGGACGCUUCGCACUCUAACCUCUCACCCCUGAUGCACCACCAGGUCACCGAGGUCGGGGUGUCUGCCAGCGGUCAGACCCAGAGCCUGGAGGCGUCCCACCACACCUCCUCCAUCACCUCCAUGACGUAAAGCGAAGAGCGCCAUCAGCAUACCAAACCCAACCAACCACGUCGUGCCGCCCGCCACGAUCAGAAUACCCACGGAGCUUUUUUUUUUCUUGUGAAAUUGAAAAGAAAUCUAGGUAUUUUUUGCAAUAUCAAGAAUGCUAAAAGAUAUUUCCCUAGGAAUACCACUUUGUGGUGCUUUGUAUAAUUGAAUACAGAAUCUCCCCUUUGGGCGUGGUUUGCUAGAUGUAAUCUUAUUGUGUGUUUUCUAUGUAAAUCUAUAUAUAAUUGAAUAUAUGGUAUAUGCUAUGUAGAGUUGAUCUGCACUCAAAACCUGUGCCGUCGCUGUGCUAUUCUGGAAUGGUAUGAGAGCCUACAGCCCCUCUGCUCUCUGUAGUAAUUGGGGGCAGACUGGUACUAUUAACGAAAGUUUGUUCACUGAGUGACCUAUCAAUUGCUUGAGACAUUACCAAGCCCCACCCCUCUCCAGAGUCCAGUGAAAGUGUAAUCAAAAUGCUAUGAAUUCUCCAACCCUCGAAAAGGAGCCACAUCUGUCGCUAUGUGCUGUCUCUAUUAAAGAUCUUGAUUAUUAAGCUGCUUUUAGUAAGGAAAUGUUUCAGGGCCAAGUAAACGUUUGGGCUCGUGCAUGGUGGGGUCACUCAUAACAAACAAAAUUAUCAUUCUUUUACAUAUAUAUUCCAUUGUAUCAUGUUCUUUAUCAUUCAGUUUUCUAAAGAAAGAUUUUCUCUUUUUAAAUCGUGAAUAAAAUCUCAGAAAUUGUCGUAAACAUGCGAGUGCAUGGAUAUUGUAAAUGUGGUGUGAAUUGAUAAAAGAGUUGUGAAAUUCAUUCUACUUUACUUAUUCAAAAGGUGAAGCUAAUGUUAUGUUUUCAUUAUCAAGAAAAAACUUUUUGUUAGAGUGAGUGAAUAAGGUUAAAAUAUCCCACGAAGCUAAGAUAGAUUUCGUGGGUAUGAAUCCAAAGAUUUAACAUUCUGCAUUCCACAUGGCUGUGACCAUUAAAAUGUUAAAACUUUAUUGUAUGUUCGAAGAUCAAUUUUGAAAUGUUUGGAAAUGACUAGUUUGUGAUAUGAAAUGCAGAAAGAGGUAUAGAUUUGAUAUUCUUAAGGAAAAGAAUUAUAGAUAAAUAAAGGUCACCAUGUGAAUGUACUACUAUAUUUCACCUUCACUCAUAAUGAAUACGUAAUAGUUGAAAGUGAUAAGGGCAUCGCAUGAAGGAGAUUGUGAAGUGUUCUUCUAUACAGCCAUUGUCCAGGAUGCCUCUUCUAAAAAGUCUAGGCAACCUGUUCUGCAAAAAAUGUCCAAUACAAGACCCAAAUUUCAAUAACCGAGCAGAUUCAAAUUCUUGUUGAUGGAAUGUCCAUCAGUGCAAGAUUUCACAUACGUUAUGCUCACUAAGGGGAGUUUUAAAGACUUUCUUUGAAGAAAAAAAAAGUUAUUUUCCUGAGGGCAAUUUUCAUAUAUAUUUUUAUCAGAGUUAAAUUGCUCCCAGUUCUGUACAUUCUCUGGUCUCAUCAACAGAAAAGCUUGCAUGAAUUCUUCAAGCACACUACCAUUUAUUAUUCACAUGCGAUGCCCAUAUCUCUAUUUAACCCAUUACCUAUGGGAAACAGAUAUUUUGUAUUAAGCCUAUGGAGGUAUGAAGAUUCAGUAAUUGAUGGGUUAGUAAAUUUUAACAUGAAAGAAAUCGAAAAAAAAUUGAAGACAGUAUUUUUGAAAUCACAGUAUUGUUUACAAUAUAUCAAAUAUAGAUGAAUAUAUAGAUAGAAUUUA